UGAUUUAAGGACGAUGGCAGCAAUGCAUUGUGGGACAAUGUGUAGCAACCAUAGGUAGCAACCAGGUAGCAACUAGCAACCCUGAUAUAAACCAAACACAAAAGCUAACAGUCGACAUUUUAGUUAAAAAAUACGAAUAUUUGUACACUAUUUCUCAGACCGAUGCCGGGUUAAGAAGCACCGGGGACAGCGGUAGUCACAGUCCGUAAAUUAAGCGCUGUUUUGGGCUUUUUAUCAAACCGUCGACCUUCGAGAAGAUGGAAUCGAAACAAGUCACUUUCGGUAUGCUUGCCUUUAACUCAGAUUAAACAACUAAAUAAUGUCCUUGUUAACGAUUUCACACGCUGCUGGGAGCACACAACAGCAAUUCACAUUAGUGGAGCUGGCUUUGGAGGAUGCACAACAAUACAGCUUCCCCACUGUGAAUGGAGCAGUUAUUAAAAGCAUCCUGGAAAUUGCAGAUGGAGCUCUAGUGAAACAACUAACUCCUGAAGAGGCGAGUGAUGACCUCCCUGUCAAACGUACACAGAAACGGAAUAGACGCAGCUUAAUUUGGAGGCAUUACGAUGAGAUGGACAGUUCUUCAUCUGUUCGCUGCCGCAUUUGCAGUAAGAUGCAGAGCUUUGAAGGCGGCAGCACCAGCAACCUGCAUCGGCAUAUCUCAACGAGACAUCCGGAAGUGUCUUCUCAGCUCCUAGCAGACAGGCAGCACUUACAGAGCUCACCUGCUUCUGAGGACACAUCAACACAACCAAAGACCGCUGUGGACCUGGAUCUGGCAGCUGAUGAAUCUGAAAAAUUAGAUGAAGCUGGCGUAAAUUCUCCUUGCGACAUCUACCUGGACCAAGAUGGAUGCAUAGUGGGUGAUAUCAUCCCUGUAAAAAUUGGCGUAAAACGGAGUAAACGCAGCUUAAUUUGGAAGUACUAUGAUGAGACGGACAGUUCUUCAUCUGCUCGCUGCUGCAUUUGCAGAAAGUUGCAGAGCUUUGAAGGCGGCAGCACCGGCAACCUGCAUCGGCAUAUCUCAAAGAGACAUCCGGAAGUGUAUUCUCAGCUCCUAGCAGACAGGCAGCAGAGCUCACCUGCUUCUGAGGGCACAUCAACACAACCAAAGACCGCUGGUGUGACAGAGAAGCGGAGAAAGUUAUUUGUGGACUCUGACCUGGAUCUGGCAACCGAUGAAUCUGACAAAUUAGAAGAAGCUGGCAUUAAUUCUCCUUGUGAAAUCUACCUGGACGAAGAUGGAGUUGGACACAUAGUGAGUGAUGACCGCCCUGUACAAGUUACACGGAAUAAACGCAGCUUAAUUUGGAGGCACUUCGAGCAUCUGGACAGUUUAAAUGCUGCGCGUUGCCACAUCUGCAUGAAGAAGAUUCAGUGCUCUGACGGCCGCAGCACCAGCAACCUGCAUCGGCACCUGUCGAAGAGACACCCAGCGGUGUUUACUCAGCUGCUAGAAGACGGCAAGCAGAAAUCUCGACCCAACUCAUCACGGGGCUCAAAUGUUACUAGGGCCACAUCGACAUUGUCAGCGACACACUGUUCUGGUGCAUUGGAAGAUUCAAGAGCAUCAGAGGGAGAAAAGCAAAUGUUCAAGAGAGAGCAGGAGCUGAUAGAAGCUCUGAGGCGAGCGCAGAGACAGGAGGCUCGAGCUCUGGAGGAUCAGAGGGAGCUGCUUGAGAUGCUGCGGGUGGGGAAUGCCAGGGAAGCGGCUGCAGAAAGAGAGGAGAUCGAGUCACUAAGGAAAGCACAGCUGGAGGAAGCCAAAUACUUGAGUAAACAGAGAGAAGAGCUGAAGAGUGAAAAGCAAGAGCUGCAGAUACAAAGGGAAGAACUUCAGCAGGAAAGAGAAAAACUUGUAUUGUUGUCAAACAAACCUGAUCCUGCCACCAUAUGACUGAAUUUCUAUUUGAUUAAAAUACCAUUUAUAAAAAUAAAAAAAAACCAAUCACUGUUUCUGUAA